AGGAAGCUGCACUCCAGCCAUGGCGUUCAAAGACACCGGGAAGAUGCUCGUGGAGCCCGAGGUGGCCAUCCACCGCAUCCGCAUCACCCUCACCAGCCGCAAUGUCAAGUCCCUGGAGAAGGUGAGGGGCCCAGUGCGGAUGCCCACCAAGACGCUGAGGAUCACCAUCAGGAAGACCCCCUGCAGCGAAGGCUCCAAGACCUGGGACCGCUUCCAGAUGCGCAUCCACAAGCGCCUCAUCGACCUGCACAACCCCUCAGAGAUCGUCGAGCAGAUCACCUCCAUCAGCAUCGAGCCCGGCGUGGAGGUGGAGGUCACCAUCGCCGAUGCCUGAGUGCUAGGCUUUUUUU